CACAGUGCUUGGUUUUUUAUUGCUUUCUUUCGAUUGUUUUAUUUGUUGUAUUAAAGCUUUUCAAACACAUCAGUUUAAACAAUAUUAAUAGUAGAAUAGACGACAACUAUUUAGAAUCAACAAGUACUGAUAACUAGUUAUUGUUAUAAUAUUAGGAUUAAAAUCUGAUCAAGAAAUUUAAAUAGGAUUUUUUGUUGUAUAUAUCAUCACCCGAUUAAUAAUACUUAAAUCAAAAUGAAGGAACAAUGUAUGAUCUGUAUAGAUAACUCUGAAUGGAUGAGAAACGGAGAUUAUGCACCAACAAGAUUAGAUGCUCAACUUGAAGCAGCCAAUCUUAUUUGCGGAAGUAAAACUCAAAGUAAUCCAGAAACAACAAUAGGUGUACUCACAAUGGGCGACUCAAAUCCAUCAGUUAAGGUUGCACCAACAACAGAUUUGGGUAAACUUCUUUCCAGUCUUUCAUCAGUUAGUGUGGGAGGAGACACUCACUUUUCUAAAGCACUCCAAAUUGCUUAUCUCGUUUUAAAGAAUAGAGCCCCAGAGCAAGGUACACCAAAUAGACGUCUUGUGAUUUUUGUUGGUAGCCCAAUUGAAGAAAAUAAGGAUGAUUUGGUUAAAUUGGGUCUUCGUAUGAAGAAGAAUGGUGUUGCUUGUGAUGUGAUCAACUUUGGAGAAGUUCAUGAAAAUACAGCCAAGUUGGAAGCUUUCAUCAGUUCUGUCAACAGAGAUGAUAAUUCGAGAAUGGAAACUAUUCCACCUGGACCACAUAUUCUUUCCGAUAUGUUACUUUCAUCACCAAUUGUUGGAAUGGGAGGUGCUGGUGUAUCUUCCUCACCAAGUGGUACUGGAGGUGCUGCCACAGGUGGUGAAGGUGGUGGUGAUUUUGAAUUUGGUGUUGAUCCAAGUCUUGAUCCUGAAUUGGCUAUGGCCAUUCGUUUGUCUUUGGAAGAAGAAAAGAGAAGACAAGAAAGAGAAAAACAAUCAUCUGGAACCAGCUCAACUGAACAACAACCAGCUGCUGGAUCAUCUUCUACAACUGAAUCCACUAGUGCUCUCCCAACUACUGCCGCUUCUGAACCAACUGAUGAUGACGACAUAGAAAUGGAAGAUGAUGAAGCUUUAGAAAAGGCUCUCCUUCUCUCAAAGCAAGAAGCUGGUAUGGCUGACGAAGAAGAAGAAGAAAUGGACGAAGAUGCUGCUUUGGAAGCUGCCCUUAGAAUGUCAAUGGAAGAAUCGAAAAAGAAUGACGAAAAUAUUGAUGAUAUUGUAGAAGAUCAAGAAUUCAUGCAAGAUCUUGUUGGCGGCUUAGGUAAGAAUGUUAACUCUGAUGAGGUUUUAAAGAAGGAUAAGAAAGACGAAGAAAAGAAAUAAUUGUAUUACCAUACCACCUGUAAAAUAAAUUCUACUGCUCUAUCUC